AUGAAAGCCGAGAGUUCGGAGGUCACUAAGAGACGUCUGUCUCCGGAAACACUCGAGCUGAUACGCCAGCGUGGAAUCGCACGAGCUGCAGGCAACCGCGAACUAACGUCUCAACUUGCAAAACAACGCAGACAGGAGAUAAAAGAAGAUGUUAAACAGAAAAGAGCAGCAGUAAUGGUCGAAGCUGCAGAGGUGGGGAAAAGCACUCGCCAAGCCCGCCGAAGCUUCGCCAAUUGCAAAACCAAGAUGAUUGCACACCGACGCCUAGACGGAACAGUUACAGCUUCCAGAAAGGCAAUGGAGAAAACCAUUCACGAUUACUACUCGGAUCUCUUCCUUUGCCACCUCUCGCUGCCCUCAUAUGAAAUAAAGGUGGAUGGAUAUGCCGUACACCGGUUCUCUAUUCGGAAAUCCAGCAUAGUAUUUCGUCUGUGA